AUGGGUGUGGAGGUGGAUCAAAGGGUCACAUUGUUAGGUGCGGGACAAGGUGGGGGUGGAGGUGGGGAUCAAAGGGUCACAUUGUUAGGUGCAGGACAAGGUGGGGGUGGAGGUGGGGAUCAAAGGGUCACAUUGUUACGUGCAGGACAAGGUGGGGGUGGAGGUGGGGAUCAAAGGGUCACAUUGUUAGGUGCAGGACAAGGUGGGGGUGGAGGUGGGGAUCAAAGGGUCACAUUGUUAGGUGCAGGACAAGGUGGGGGUGGAGGUGGGGAUCAAAGGGUCACAUUGUUAGGUGCAGGACAAGGUGGGGGUGGAGGUGGGGAUCAAAGGGUCACAUUGUUAGGUGCGGGACAAGGUGGGGGUGGAGGUGGGGAUCAAAGGGUCACAUUGUUAGGUGCAGGACAAGGUGGGGGUGGAGGUGGGGAUCGGAACGACGAACUGCUAGGUGUGUGA